UCAUGAUGCGAUUGGUUAGAAAGCGUGUCAGCGUUUGAAUGGGGCUCUCCGUAUCCAUUUUUCUGUGAUGUACAUAGACACUAGCUGUAACAAUGGGACCAUUAAGAGUUCUAUCCGUCUUUCUGGAUUUCAUUUUAGUAUGUUUUAUGUUUGUCCAAUGCGGUGCCCGUGAUUUGGACUCCAGCUACGUAACGUGUGGAUCUCUGGUCAAACUGAUGAACACACGGCACAGCGUCAGACUUCACUCGCAUGAUGUCAAAUACGGAUCAGGUAGUGGCCAGCAAUCAGUGACAGGCGUGGAUUCGGCCGAUGAUGCCAACAGCUACUGGCGUAUCCGUGGGAAACCAGACAGCAUUUGUCAGCGCGGGGUGCCCAUUCGAUGCGGACAGGCCAUCCGAAUUACACACAUGAAGACUGGACGCAACCUACACUCACAUCACUUUAGCUCCCCACUGUCUAACAACCAGGAAGUGAGUGCGUUUGGCGAAAAUGGAGAAGGAGAUGAUUUAGACGUAUGGACCGUUCAGUGCGGCGAAACAUACUGGGAACGUGACGACGCGGUGCGAUUUAAACACGUCGGCACUGAGGUUUUCCUCAGUGUUACCGGAGAGCAGUAUGGUCAUCCAAUCAGAGGCCAGCGUGAGGUCCAUGGAAUGUCCUCACCCAAUCAGCAUAACUACUGGAAGGUGAUGGAGGGGGUUUUUAUUCAGCCCAGCAGUGAUCCUGUGCACCAUGAUGAGCUCUGAUGAUGCUGCUACAUUAUCGUAGUGAGAACACUGUACAACUGAGAACUCCACUCACACAUGCUGUGAAACCUUCUCUAUAUUUAGACUUUCAGUUUCUUCAAAGUUUUACAUUUAUUGGUCAAAUUCUUAUGUGUGUUGCAAUUUUGUCACUUUUUCACAUCUGUUUCUGAGACAAAAUUCACCCACAAAAUGCACAUUACAGACAAAAAAAAGAUUGUUUUACUAGAUUUCUUAUAAGUGGAAUUUGUCUUUUUGUACAUAAGGGAAUAAAAUUACAUUACAAACCAGGAUUUUGGGCCAAAAAAAUUGUGUGUUUGUAUUAUUUAUAUUUAGGUUGGAUGACAAAUGGAACAAAUUACAGGAAUAACUUGAACUAUAAAAUACUGUUUUUGCGCACAUGUGGAAAAGAUAUGAAAUGACUGUUUCUGUUUUCUAUAUAAGUGUAAUUCCCAGUAGUUGUUUUUCCCCCUCAUACUGUAUAUGACCUAAUGUACAUAAUUUGGUGAAAGCCUAAAUAAAUUUUUUGAAAACAUA